UGGGGCGCUUCGACGAGCCGCCGGACUGGCAGGAGAUCCUCAAGUACUUUCGCGGCUCGGAGCUGCAGAACUUCUUCACAAAGGUGCUCGAGGACAACAUCAAGGCCCUCAUCAAGCCGCAGUACGUCGACCAUAUCCCGCGCGCCAUCAAGGGCAAGGCCACCGUCAACGAGAUGCUCGACGGCAAGCUGGAGCGCGUCGAGUCAAAGGAGGAAAUCAUCAGCGUGCUCGACCUCAAGCAGGUGCUCGAGCGCGACGUCAAGCAGCUCUCCGGCGGCGAGCUGCAGCGCUUCGCCAUUGGCAUGAGCUGUGUGCAGAAGGCCAACAUGUACAUGUUCGACGAGCCUUCGUCGUACCUCGACGUCAAGCAGCGUCUGAAUGCCGCGCGCAUGAUCCGCAAGCUGCUCGACAACGACACGUACGUCAUUGCCGUCGAGCACGACCUGAGUGUGCUCGACUAUCUCUCCGACUUCAUCUGCUGUCUCUACGGCGUGCCGAGCGUGUAUGGCGUCGUGACGGUGCCGAGUCCCGUGCGCGAUGGCAUCAACAUCUUCCUCGACGGCUUCAUUCCCGCAGAGAACAUGCGCUUCCGCGACGAGUCGCUCACAUUCAAGAUUGCAGAGACGGCAGACGAGAUUGUGCACCGCACGCGCAAGUUUGAGUACCCCAGCAUGCGCAAGACGCUCGGCAACUUCCACCUCGAGAUCGAGGGCGGCGAGUUUGCCGACUCUGAGAUUCUCGUCUUUCUGGGCGAGAAUGGCACGGGCAAGACGACAUUCGUCAAGAUGCUAGCCGGCAAGCUGGAGGCGGAUCCGGGCACGCCCAAGCCUCCGGAGCUGAACGUCUCCUUGAAGCCGCAGACGAUUGCGCCCAAGUUCCAGGGCACGGUGCGCAUGCUGCUCAUCAAGCAGAUCAAGGGCGCCUUUAUGCACCCGCAGUUUACCGCAGACGUCGUCAAGCCGAUGCAGCUCGACAACAUCAUCGACCAGGACGUGCAGACGCUGUCGGGCGGCGAACUGCAGCGCGUGGCGCUCGUUAUGGCCCUCGGCAAGCCGGCUGAUAUCUACCUCAUCGACGAGCCUUCUGCGUACCUUGACUCGGAGCAGCGCAUCAUUGCCGCACGCGUCAUCAAGCGCUUCAUCCUGCACAGCAAAAAGACGGCCAUGAUCAUCGAGCACGACAUCAUCAUGGCCACCUACCUCGCCGACCGCGUCGUCGUCUACGAGGGCCAGCCGUCCGUGUCGGCAACGGCCAAGCGGCCCGAGUCGCUGUGUGAGUCCUCCCCCCCCCCCACCGCGGGGUUAGCGCGGCCCAGCAGAGGAGGGGAAGAGGGGCAAUGUGGGAUGCGGAAAGAGUAAAAGGGGCGGCGCAAAGGAUUGAAAGGUGGACUGACCCACACACUCCCUAUAUCUCUCUCUC